AUGUUUCUAAGAUCUGGAAAAGAAGUAAAUGCAGUAGAAAUUGAACGAGAAGGAAUUGAAAACAAAGAAAUAACUCAAGCUAAGAGUGAACACAUUAAUAUCGAAAUGGCAUUAAAUAACCAAAACUCAGGCGGUAUAGAAGGAGAAGGAUUAAAUGUUGAACUUUUACGUAUGUUGACAGAAAAGCUUUGCAGCGAUUCAAGAAGUUCAGUUUCAGUUGAGAGCUUCGCUAAAAUUGUCCCCGAUUACGAUGGAAUAAGUACACCUGUAAAGUUGUGGUUAAAGAAUUUCGAGGACAAUGCAGCAGCAUACGAGCUAAACGAAAAACAGAAAUAUGUAAACGCAAGAAACAAAAUGAAAGGUACAGCAAAACUGUUCCUUGAGACGGUUACAGUACCAAAUUAUAAUGAUUUACGCGAAGCGCUUACAUCUGAAUUUGACAAACAGCUUAGUAGUGCUGAAGUCCACCAACAACUUAGGGAUAGAAGAAUAAAAGAUUCGGAGAACAUUCAUGAGUAUAUUCUAAACAUGCGAAAAGUAGCAGCAAUGGGAAGCGUAGAAGAAGCGUCAGUUAUCCGGUACAUCGUCGAAGGGUUAAAAAUGCGGAACGAGUUGAAAAUUCUUCUGUUAAAUUCAAAAACGUACAAAGAGUUACUGGAACAAUAUGAAAUUAUUGAAACGAUGAACAGCAGCAAAGAACGCACCGUACGCAGCGAAAGGAAGUUUGGUAGCAGCGCAGCGGCAGCAACUGCGCAUAGGCACAACACGCAAGCAUGGGAAACAAAUAGAAUGAAUGAACGUAAGCAGCACUGCUAUAACUGUGGAUCGACUAGACAUGUGAGAUCAGAGUGUAGAGAGGAAACGAAAUGUUUCAAAUGCAAUGGAAAUGGUCACAUUGCGAAAAACUGCACAAAACAAAACGUCAACUUAGUUUCAAAGAGGUUGAAGCAAAUGAGAAUAGGUGAGAACAGUGUGAAUUGUCUUGUGGAUACUGGUGCAGAUGUCACGCUCAUGCGGUAUAGCACUUACAAAAGAUUAUUUCAGCAAUACCCUCUAAAAGCAAACAGCAUAAAGUUAUAUGGCUUAGGUAACAAAAAUACCGACGUUCGAGGCAUGUUUUCUAGUACUAUUGAAGUAGAUGGCUUGAAAACCGAGCAUACAAUCCUAGUGGUAGACGACAAUAAUAUAAUGUUCGAUGCACUAAUUGGAUUCGACCAAAUAGAAAAAUUCACUUCGACGGUGAAUGCGACCGGGUAUACAUUUACAGAGAAAAGCGUAGACACCAGUAUAGCAACAGUUUUUAAUGUUCAAGGCGUGGACAAAAUUGAUGUGCCGCAUAAAUACAAGAAUAUAGUAAAUCAAAUGGUAAUGAACUAUACGCCAAACAAUGCAACUGAAAAAUGCCCUGUACAUUUGAAAAUUAUUCCCAGUAAUGACAAAAUAUGUUUUAAAGAAAAACCCAGUCGAUUGUCGGCAAUCGAAAACGCGGUGGUAAAGCAGCAAAUUGAAGAUUGGUUACAAGAGGGUGUUAUUCGGGAGUCUAUUUCCGAUGUAGGUUUGCGCAACGAGGGUAUAAUGAAGUUGUAUGUAGACGAUAUAGUUGUGUUUGGGCAAACAGCAGAAGCGUGUCUAGCAAAUGUGCAAAGGGUUUUGCAGCGUGCACAAUUGUACGGUUUAGAAAUCAAGUGGUCCAAGUGGCAAUUUUUACAAAAUCGCAUAAAUUUUCUUGGUAAUACCAUACAGGAUGGCAAAGUCUGGCCUGGCCAUGAAAAAUUGAAGACAGUAAAAAAUUUUCCUACACCAAACAACUUAAGAAGUGUACAAGCUUUUCUUGGUUUGACAGGUUAUUUUAGGAAAUUCGUCCAAGAUUAUGCGUUGAUAGCGAAGCCGUUGACUCAGCUUCUUAAAAAAGAUACAGAAUUCAAGAUUGCACGCGAAGAACUGGCAGCAGUGGCUAUGUUGAAAGCAAUAUUGGUAGAAGAGCCAGUCCUAAAGAUUUUUAAGCAAACGGCGAAGACUCAGCUUCACGUUGAUGCCUCUAAAUCUGGUUUUGGCGGUGUACUCUUACAGCUACAGGACGAUAAGUGGCAUCCAGUGUAUUAUUGGAGUAGAAAGACUACGCCACACGAAGAAAAGUUGCAUAGCUAUGUUUUAGAAGUAAAAGCUGCUUAUUUGGCAACAAAAAGACUGCGACAUUACUUGCUAGGUAUUGAGAUGAAACACGUGGACUCGCUAAGUCGCUAUCCAGUUUUUGUUGUUACAUCUGAAAUUCGAGCACGAAUAGUAAAAGCCCAACAAAGCGAUGAACAUUUGAAAGCUGUAGCAGAAAUUCUAAAAGAGAAAGCGUAUGGAAAUUUUGUUAUUAAAGAUGAAUUGACUUACAAACAAUUAAGUGGGCGUGACGUUUUAGCGGAGCCAAAGAGAAUGGAGAAAGAAAUUAUUGAUAAAGCGCAUGGUGUCGGGCAUAUGGGUGUGCAGAAAACUAUGCACGCAAUUGAGCAAGACUACUUUAUCCCACAUUUAGAACAUUAG